AUGGAUCGUACUAGUACCAGUAGAGAAACGACGGGAACAUCUAUAAUUUUAGCUCUACCAACGAUUGAAGAAAAUGUUGACGAGACUGAUAAUAAUAAUGAUGAUGAACAUCAAAAUAUUACUAACAGUCGUUGUCAAAAAAUGGAUAAAAAUUCGCUUCAACAAGGUAUUAAAUAUAAUGACCGUCCAUUUCUUUUGCAACAGAAACUACAUGUUAAACAUGUAAAAGAACAACUCGUAGAUGAUGUAUAUCAAGAAAUUGAUGUAACAUCAACAAAAGCUACAACAAUACAAAUAAAUAAUGAAGAUAAUUCAUAUGACAAUCACAAUAUUGGUGCACAAAACAACACAACUACUGUUCCACGUAUUGUUGUCACAAAUGACGAAAUUGAUAAAACAUCAUCAAAACAUAUCGGAUAUCAUCUAUCUAAAGUUGAAAAAACAAAAGCUUCCUAUCCACCGAUUACAUCUAUCAACAUGGAUAACAUAAGUUUAAAAAAUUAUAUGAGUUCAUCUUCAUGUCCUGAAUCUCCAGUAUCAUCCGAUAAAAAUUCAUCAACAAGAACCAAUCCAGCUAAUUUAUCACCGCCCGGUAUUCCUCCAACACCAACUUCAAUUUUACAGAGUAGUGGAAAACGACGUGGAAUUAAUCGAUCAAGUUAUAAACGUGCACAUAAAGGACGAUUAUCUAUUGAUCAUACACCUAAUGAAUUAUUUAUUGAAUUACAAGAAUUAAGAUUAGACGAAGAUCAUGAAUAUUAUUGGCAUGAAUGUGCACGAUGGAUCCGAUAUGAAGAAGAUUUUGACGAUGAAAUGCAACGUUGGCAAGCACCAAGAAUUGGUUGCUUAAAUUUUCAUAGUUUACUUGAAUUACGUCGUGGUUUACAAUAUGGUAUUGUUUUACUUGAUCUUGAUGAAGACACAUUAGAAGGAAUUUAUGAUGGUAUUAUUAAUGAUGCUAUUGCUAUGGGACAAAUGAAUAAAGAUCUUAAAGAUGAAUUACUACGAAUUUUAACAAGUGAUCAUAGGCAUCCAGAACCUCGUUCUUCAUUUCGACGUCGUUCCUCUAUUUUUGAUUUUCCUCAAACAAAUAUACGACGAUCAAGUUUAGCUUUUCGAAAAAGUGAUCAAAUUAAUUAUGAUGAUACAAGACGAAGAAGUUUAUUAGAAAUAAAAGCUAAUGGAGAAUUAAAUAAACAUUUAAAAAAUCUUGUUGUUAAAUAUGAUGAUAUUAAUGAAUCUGUAGUGACUGAUUUAUGUCCGAAACGUACAUCAUCUGAACAAAAUAAUAAUAUUACUGACAGUAAAGAAAGUGUUAAUCAAUUACGACCAACAUUUUUCACUCAUCGGUUAUCACAAGUACAAACAAAAAAAUCACGAGACUCAAUUCCAUAUAAAUCUGAUGUAAUGCGACGUAUACCAAAUGAUGCUGAAUGUGCUGAAGUACUUAUUGGUAGUAUGCAUAAUUUAACAAGGCCUAUUAUGGCAUUUGUUCGUCUUUCACGAGGUCUAUCAAUAGAUAAUAUGAGUGAAGUUUCAUUACCGGUUAAAUUUAUCUUUUUACUUAUUGGUCCAGCCAUGGAAGAAUAUUUUGAAAUUGGUCGUUCUCUUAGUACUCUUUUUAGUACUCCUGAUUUUCGUGACAUCGCCUAUCAAGCAAUGGAUCGUCGGGAUUUACUAUGCGCUAUAAAUGAUUUUUUUUCGGAUUCAAUUGUUUUACCUCCUGGUGAUUAUGAUAAAGAACUUUUAUUACCAAUAAUUGAAACAGCUAAAAUGAAAAAAAAUAAUGCAAACAAACGUUCAAUAGGAUCAAAAAGUCAAAAUAGAACUCGAUCAAAUGAUAGUCAGCAACAACAAGCAUCAUCUCAAUCUACUAGAAUUUUAUUAGCUAAAAUGUCUACUUUAUCACAUGAUAAACAAGAUGAAGAUCCAUUUUUAAGAAGUGGUUUUGUCUUUGGUGGUGUUUAUCGUGAAAUGCAUCGUCGUUAUACUUAUUUUAAAUCAGAUUUUUUGGAUGCCUGUUCCCUUCAUUGUCUUAUUAGCCUCAUAUUUAUGUUUAUUGCUUGUCUUGCACCAGCACUUACUUUUGGUGGUAUUAUAGCUGACAAAACUUGUAAUCGAUUAGGUGUGAAUGAAAUGUUAAUUGCUUCAUCGAUCAAUGGUUUUCUAUUUGGACUUUUCAGUGGACAACCAUUAUUAAUUCUCGGACCAACAGGACCAUUUCUUGUUUUUGAAGAAGUGGUUUAUGAUGUAGGUAUUAUGUAA